AUGUCAUUUAGUAUACAAAAUCAAAUACGAAACGAAUUAAAUUCUUUGAUCAAUAAUGAAACAAGAUACAUUUCUGUUGAUAAUCAAAUUUCAACAAUAGCCUAUAAUAUUUAUUUAGAAAAAGAGAAGAGACAACUACAGAAUCUCAAACGUAAUACAAUUGUGAUCGAACAAAAGGAACAAGAUGAAUGGAUAUCUCAAAUGAAAAAUGUUCAUAGCGAUUGGGUACCGAAAGCAUUCUAUGUUGGCAAAUUACAUUCGCAAUUACCAUCGGCAUCAACAAUAAUUGUAUAUGGUGGCAUCUGUUUAAAUAUUGAUCAUAUAAAAUUUACAGAAAAUUAUGCAAAUGCUCAUUCUAACGAAACUCCACAAGCAAGAAUACAUGCCUAUUCUCCACCAGAAAAAACUCAUGGUCGUCAAUAUCGACAAAUGAAAUAUAGUUAUAAUUUAUUCAAUUUAUACUGUUCACAUGCACCUUUUCAUCAAGAAAUGAAAGAACGUGUAAAAAAGUGGGGAAGAAAAGAACUGAAAAAGAAUCCUGGUCGUCACCUUGACUUUGAUCAUACUCGUGAUAUGCUUUGUUACGGUAGAUAUGUACCACGGUCAGAAAAUCGAAGUAUGGGAGCACGAUUGGGAAAAGAGGGUGAACGUCAACGCACACUAACUGAACUACCAGAUGCUAAUUUCUGUGUUUGGUUAUAUGAUACUUGCCAUAACGCUUAUGUUAUGAACUUAACUAGCGCUACACUUGUCUAUUAA